AUGAUUGAAGCCGCAGACGGGGACAAUGGCGAUACAAACAAUGACGCAGGGACUGUGGCCAGAGUUCAACAAGCCGGAUGCGCUCAAAAUUCUGAUCCACCGCGUUUCCGGUCCCCCGAUACGGAUCACCUGCAACACGAGCAGACGGGCGUCACGAAGCCUCAGCAGCAGCACGAAGACACCAACAAUCUGAGAAGCACCGCCAACAUUCACACUAACGAUGCUUCUAGCCGGAUGGAUCACAUGCAAUUUCUCUCGGGAAUGACCAGGCCUUCGAAUGACAUGUACACUCGGAUGAACAAUUUCGACCCUUCUCAAUUCAAUGUAUCUAUGUCGGAUCCAAAUAUGAUGCGUCUCGACGCCCCGAGAAAUUCGACCACGCUUGCACUACCCGACACGAACAAUCUCAACCUGUGGGGGCCAGCACGUUCGUCUACGGAUGUGAAUCAAGGGCCGGACGCAAACGCGAGCAAUUCUACAUCGAAUGGCGUUCUCGACACCCAGGCGCCGGCCGCUCCGCUGUCAGGCUCCACACAUUCUUUCUCAGCAGGCUCUGCUUUUAUGGAUACAACUGCCCAGUCGAUGGCCAUGCCAGAACUCUCUCAGGCAAUGUUUAACGAGGAUCUCAUGUUUCUGGAAGAUUUUCUCCUGCCCGAGUUUGUGGCCAAUGCUACUGGAUGUACCACGCCGAUUCCUGCGGACUUCGACCCAGCCGCCUUACAGUCUCUUGCCGCCAGGAAUGAAGCCGAUAUUUCCGAGGCUCGUCUGUUCCUACCAAGAGCGACAGACGAAGCCCGAGCCCCUCACCUUUUCGAUAUUAGCCCCCAAGAUGUAGAUCGGUUUCAGAAAGUCAUCUUGAGUACGCGUCUAUUGAACAACUUCUCCUUUCCACGGCGUUCCCGCAUAUUGCGGUGCCUAUCUGCCUAUUUCGACAGUGUCGACCCGCAUGUACCAAUUGUCCAACAAGCUACCUUCAGCUUGUGUGGUACAGCCCCGGCGUUGGUGCUCGCGAUGCUCGGGAUGGGAGCUCUCAUUACGUCUGAAACUCAAUUUGCUGUAUCGGCGUACGAGGCAGCCUGUACCCUACUAGACCACGAGACUAAAGAUGAGGUCCGCGCAUCGUCGCAAUUUGAAUUUGGGCCAAUUCAAGCUCUGCUGCUCUGUGUCCACUUUGGGGCGUUCAGCGAUGACCAGAGUUUUGUCCAGCGCUCUCAAGCCCAACUCAACCUUGUCUCCAAGAUGCUGAGGCUUGGUUUGGACGAUUUAAGUGACAAACGAGCCGAGUCUGAGCAGGACUGGAUAACUUGGUCCUUCAUCGAAACUUUCAGCCGGUUAGCGUCGUGGAGCUGUUCACUGAGCGCUGUCCUUUUUGCGUACGACGGUUCCUUUCAAACAAAUACUCAACAUUUCUUGCGACAUGUACCACUCCCUCUUGACGAGGAUCUUUGGAGGGCUCGUUCAGCACAAGAAUGGUCAUCCCUUGGGGGGCUUUCACGCCCACAUGGCGCUCUCAAUUUCUUGACGUUAGCCGAGUCUCUGCUCCAGGGAAAGCCUAUUCUCGAGCAAUUAAGCUGUUUCGGCUUGUUCUCGAUCAUCGGAUGGUUUCUUCUCUACAUCUGCAACCACGAACGGAUGAAACUACUGGUCGGAUCGCUCGACAUAUUCGAGACCGAGUUCACCAGCAAAAUAGAUGUAGGGCUUGGGGCCUGGGAAACCUUGACCCGCCGACAUCUACGGACAGGCCAAGUCAUGUUCAGACAGUUGAAUCCCCUGAUCUCGGACAGCUUCCCCCUCCUCGGAUCCGCUUAUUACCACCUCUAUGUGGGCGAUGAAUUGCGCACUCUGAAAGAGAUAGCUGGCAAGCAAGCACCGGCUGGUGGAAUGCCGACAUCACAGACACUUCCCGAAUUCAAUCCGCGUCCUGAAGCGUACAAAGCAGUGCGAUAUGCUGCAAAUUCGUGGCUUGUCCGUGCUAAACUCGGCAUCAGCCACUUCCAACAAUCUCCUGAUGUAUAUGGUCCUCACGGAGCCAUGGGGGCAUACGAAUCCGCACUCAUUCUGUCGUGGUGGCUCUCUGUCGGCCAACCAGCACAGACUCCAGACGGAUUGACCAUUGAAGACAAUGCGUCAGUCAGGGCGCUAAAGGCGCUGUUGACGGAGGUCAUUGCCGAAGUUGAGGAUCAAGAUAUCUAUUGCAAUGAUGAGAUCGCUCGCGCACUCGCGCCCCUGAUUUUUUGCCGUCGGUCGAUGGAUAGAUCCGUCUUCACCUACACCCGAACUCUGCGACACGCGCUUGAUACCUUCCAGUCACACAUGCGCGGGAAAACAUUUGCCCGCUGA